GUCGUAGAUCCAUGCAUCCCAAACCCUUGCCAAAAUGGAGGGUCAUGUUCGAGUCAAGGAUCCACGUUUAGCUGUGGCUGCAGAUCUCAAUAUACUGGAAGACGUUGCGAGAUCCUGAAUGGUAUGCAUUGACUUGGCAUCACUGGCAUGACCCCAAAAUUUCCGAGAAUUCCAACAUACUUUUCCUCCCUAGUUACCAUAAACUUACUUAACGAAAUAAAUUUACUUAACGAAUAGAGUUACAUCAACAAAAAAAACACUUAAAAUAAAAGUUUUUAGAGAUCCUGAACGGUUAGUGACGAUGCAUCCAAUUCAACAAACAGGUUCAUAUAUAGGUAUACGCGUGGUAGUUGUGAAGAAGUAUCUCCUGAUGACUUUUGGGGUACCUUCUGCUAGAAAUGUGAAGGACGGAGGGAUGCACCCCUUAUUUAUUUCUUUAUCUUGCAUCCGUAAUACAUACUUGAGAGUUAAGCUGAUAAAAGCUUGUGUGUGUGUGUGUUCUGACCGGGAAUUCUAUCCCUGGCAGGUCUGUUCUUGCCAGAUUGGCUGACACUUAGAAAUCUGACGAAGAUCAGCCUCUUUUUCUCUAAGUUUCUUUCUUGAGCGACGUGUCAAUCAACUCUACCCUUACGGAAAUCUCGCUUCACUUGAGAUCUCCACCGUUGUGCCUUGCUUAAGCAGAAAAAGGUAUGCGUACCAGAGUCAAAGCAAGAGGUUGAUCAGAGGCGGACCAAAUCAUUGGUAACCUCGAGGACGACUUUGAAAACACAGAGGCCUUAUGCGCUAUUAGCUAUGGCUGGAGAAAAUAAAGUAGUCUAAGGUGAAGAUAUGCAUCCAUCAGAGCAGAACUUCCUCAAACGAAAUAGUGCCUGUAUGUAUUUAUAUUUCUGAGAGAGAACGUCCCAUCAGUUUGUCAAUUCUAGUAUUUCCUCCUUUCUAGGUGCAUGUGCGCAGAAACCUUGCCAGAAUGGAGGAACAUGUUACUCCCUUGGAAACAAGAUGCACUUUUGUUUCUGUAAACCUCAGUUCACUGGAAGAAGUUGCGAGAAAGGUUGGUUACCGUAGGAUAGGCCUAUGUGCCCAUUUUUACGUCGUUUAUUUUGUUUGAUGAGACAACCUCUAUAUCGAGUUUCGAAAAAAUCACAAUUUAUCCUAUUUUAUCUGAAACUAAUCUCAAUGACGAUAAUUGUAGCUUGCGUUUAUCAAAAUAAUUGAAUAUCCGAGAUCAAUUCCAAUGAUUAUUGUAUAUGUUUGCAGUAAAUUGCAACGCUCGGCCAUGCAGGAAUGGAGGGACAUGCCUCAGUGUAGAAAGGAGAUCAUUCUGCAAGUGUCCAGCUGGAAUUACUGGGAAUCUUUGCGAAGGCGGUGGGUAUUGAGAGUCCACCCAAACGUGUACGAGUGUAAAAUCUUUGAAUUACGGUAAUGCAUAAAGGUCGAAGACUGUUCCUUCAUAAAUGCCUCUCUCAAUAUGUUGUCUUUCUCAAAAUAUAUGAUCUUGGUUCUCGGGUAAUUUCUUCCCACUUUCCGUCAAUCGAUCCAAACUGCUAAGAUCCUUCCAUUGUCCCCUUCUCCUAUGUGUUUGGUAAUCUUUUAUCGUUGAUUAUUUACAGAGAUCCCAGUCGUUACAAAAGAUCCACAAGACUCCAUUCGAAUGGAGGGUGAUGGCAUAACACUUUGUUGCCAGGCGACAGGGAAACCUACUCCUGUGUAUGAAUGGUAGGUCCAAAGCACGUUUUAAAGAGCUCUAUGUGUCACAGUCUGGAUAUCCACUGAGACAUUUUCCACGAAUAUUCCAAGAUCAGCGUUUGCAAUCUGUAUUUUUCUUAUCCACCUUUUUCUACACGUGAUGACAAAUCUAGUUACCAUAGACAAAGGUAAAAAAAGAUAUUUAUAAAAUUAUUUUAUUCAUCUUUCUCGUUCGGUAGGUUUCACAACAGUGCACCCCUACUGCACCAGUUACGAAAUAGAAACCUACGUCUGUCUAGAUUGUCUUCACGUGAUUCUGGUUCAUAUCAAUGUCGUGCAAAAAACAAGUUUGGGGCAACAGUAUCCAACGAAGCGACGCUGACAGUUGUGCCUGGUAAGAUAUGAUAUCCUGUUAAGAAAUCAUUAAAGUAGUUCGCAUAUUUGACAAUUAUUUACCUAGUAUGGUCAAUAGCGGUUGAUAUUCACUUGCUAAUCACUUCGGGCUAGCCAAUCAGCCCCCGCAAAAAGCACAUUUCGGACCCCAUUUCACCUGUGUGGUAUACGGUAAUGCUUUGUAUUGAACAAGGUCUGAUAUGUAUAAAUAAUGCACUGUUUGAAACAACCUAUGCCUAUCCACGCCUAUUGCUAUAGCUAUACAUGUAUGGAACUCAGUUAGAGCUUUACUUGGGCUUCUCCGAAGCACAAUCUUCCAGACUUAAUUUACAUUACAAAGCGCUUGAUUGUUAUGCGGUUAGCCCAAGAUAAAUAUGAGUUGGUUUUUCAACACUUCUAACUCUUUCUAAUCAAAACAUGUGAUAAAAUGACAUUUCUUGCCUUUAAAAUUACGUUUUUUAUGAAAAAUGCAAUUUCAGGUAAUCGCGAAGACUCAUGCAACCCCAUCCCACGGACAAAAGUUGUGUCAUUGCCUGAAGGAUGCACAGAAGAUAGCAGUGGGAGUAACAGCGUCAAUGUUGGUACUUGUUCUAACGAAGCAUGCGUAAAGCGUAACCAACGGCAUGCUGGAAGCUGUGGAGGACACGACUCCACUCGACAAUGCUGUAGCCCAGCUUCUAUGUCUGACAGCCGCGUGAGUUGCAAAAGCGGUAUAAAGUUCAACAUUCAGAAAGUCUCUAAAUGCGCAUGUGCAGACUGUGCUGUAUCAAAAGUUGUUGUUCGAGGUAAAGUGGUCGAUCCGAUGGGAAAUCCCCUGUGGCGUGGCGAGAUGACUGUGAGCAAUGACGUUGGUAGCCGAUACUAUACGGAUAGGCGAGGAAAUUUUAAAAUUCUGGUCAAGUCAGGAACCAAGCGAAUAGUAUUAACGGUAAAAGACAAUUUUCAAGGACUGCUGGAAGAUACAACGAAAGUUUUCGAACUUCAUGAGGGGCAAGUGUCUUUUUAUACCAUUGUUCUUCAAAAGAAACCGCCGGUGAUCAAAUUCCCAGCAAACAAUAAAAAAAGUGUUCCCCUUGGAGGAUCCGGGGGGAGACCAAAUUUUGUCGAUCUGGACAUCCCUGCAAAUGCCUUCCUCACAGCUGAUGGAAGAGUAUAUACCGGUGAGAUCACAGCAACCAUUGGGGUGAUUGAUCCUAGAAGCCAGGCAGACAUGACAGCAGCGCCUGGGGAUUUUUCAGCGAUUAACGACAAUGGAGAGGAGGUGGCACUCGGAUCUGUUGGAAUGCUGAGGCAAGUUUUUACAGACAGUAAUGGUAAUCAGCUCAGUCUUGGUAAAAACAUCUCAGUCCGCAUCGACGCUGACCUGUUAGACAUACCCAACGGUGUCACAGUUUAUCAAUGGUACCUGAGCAAGGAAACUGGUCGCUGGGUUAAGUUCGGAGUAUUACGCCCUGAGCAAGGCGGCAGCUCUAGACCAAAGAGACGCGAACGAGCAAGGAAGUUCUUUGUGAGUGAAAUUACACCAAAUGUUCCUUUAGACAACAUCAACUGGGAUUACGUUACUGUUGUCAGUUAUGUCCGAAUCACGGCUCCCUCAGGCACAGUUGUGUCUCGCAUCGGUCUGAGCGACAAUGGGUUACAGUACACCUCUUAUCGCCAAGAUACAGUCCCUGCUAGUGGAACCCUGUGCAUUCUAAGCUUACGAGACAAGCGAGCCAUUCUUCAAGCUGAACGCGAUGGAGCGCCUCUCAUUCCACGACAGCCUACUGGCUUUCCUCUAUUGGUGAACCCUGAGAUCAUUGACGGGUCUUCUGUGGGUAAUGUUUUCAAAAUCCAGUCCUUCCGGUUCACUUCCACUAAAGUAGAUGAUCGAGGUCCCAUUUACCUCAGAGGCGAGGAUGGCAGAUGUUCACAAAGAAGAGCAAAUGAUUUUGCUUUUGAAUUCCGAGAUGCCAAUGCAGGGCAAUCGUUCCACUGGGAAAGUAUUAGAAUUGAUGAUCCCAGCGAUCCUCGGUUGUGGCAGGUGAGACCUGACGAGAUUUGUUUUGUCAAAGCACUUGUUGUAGGGACAAAGCCUGACUCAGUCAUAUAUGUGGGAAGCGUUGGAAAAGCUCCUGGUCAAUCUGACGUGGAAUACGGUUACACUGCGGAGAAGAGUGCCACGGUUGGUGGAGAGGGUGUGGUGUGCUUGGAAUACCGAUGUAAUGAGGGCUCAUCAGGACAGUACCAGACCCACUUACAAUUCCUCACACUGACAGGAUCAUGCACAGUUCAGGGGCUCAACAAUGUUUUGAAUGGUGCGCAAAAUGGAUGUACUGUGCCGCCAGCCAGUUCCUCAAGUCAAGAGCGCAACUUUUGUGUUCCACAUUUGGUGGGAGGUGACGCUGGGCUCUACUCUGGAGAUACAGGUGUGGCCAAGAACAGGUGUCUUACAGGGAACCAGCAGUACAACUCAGGCCGACCAACUACUACAAAUCUGAACCCUACAGUCACUAUUAGAUGCCGGUAA